CUAGAGAAGUUGAGAAGCAACUUUCUUCUCUUCCCUUCGGAGCAACUUCUUCGAAGUCCCGGUAUUCCAAUUGAAUGGAGAACCCUUUGAUAGUGGAUCCGGCAGUGCCAUUUUGCAAGUGAAAGUUAAGAAAGUGCUCUUGAGGAGCUACAUAUUGUACUGAAAAGUAGUGACAACGAGGUUGUGCUAUCGCAGUAACCUAACCUAGAGAAUGUUGGUUAUUUCGAAACAGAUAUGGAGAACUGUGGCAAACUACGUUUCUAACAAGUGACUUAGAUCUUUUGGUUGAUGGAUUCGAUGGAUGAAGGGAACCAGAACAAGAAGAUACAAGAGAAGGGCGUGUAAAAAGAAAAGAAGUUCAUUUCCUUUGUGGCACUUUUUUUGUUGGUUUCUAUGAGUGUAUGUGAGUGUGCAUGUGAGUACAUUUUAUACAAAGUGAAACUUUGGCAGUCCGCUAAAGUAGCAUGAGGAGCUAACUACAAAUGCUGUACGAGAUCAACGGAGAAGGAACGAAUUGACACCUUUUGUAUACUGACCGUGGAAGCAACAUCAGUAUACCACAAAAUGGAAGCAGCAGCUCGAAAAGAUGGGAAUGAAAAUUUUACUCUUCCCUAUCGAGUGAAUCCUGUGGAGUCCCGGUGCACAGAUCGAACUGGAAGUGCUCGGAAAAUGGGACUGAUAGGUAGUGCGAUUUUUUAACUAAAAUGUUAAAAAUAGUAGUGUAGACUGGUUAAGUGAGUGCAAGUGAUUGUAACAAGGUUAUGGUGUGCCUGGUUUAACCUAACCUUUCAAAUGCUGAACGUUUUGUAGCAAAAAUGGCGAUCCGAAGUGGACAUUAAAAAUUUGUGCAAAGUGUCAAGCAGCCAAGAUAUUCGAUUUGUUAUUUUUUUCGAUUUCCUAAUCGAAAAAAACAAGGAUAAAAAAUUGAUGUGAUCCAAAGUAGGAACGUAGAAGAAAGGAGCAAUAGUAUCUAGAAAAAAAAGUCAUGUCCGCUUCCUUUGUGGACCAUUAUUUCCUUGCUACAUGUGUGUAAAUUUUGAAUGUAUGUGUGUGUGUGUUCGUUCAGAUGAAAAGCAAUACUGACAGAUCACUGAAGCACCGUGAAGAAGAAACUGCUAGCAUUGUACAAGAUCAUCGAAGAGAAAAAUAUGACAUCUCGUAUUCUAACAGCGGCAUAUUAUGAAAUAAAAUCAGCAGCUCCAAAAAUGAAAGGAUGAGACUGUGCCUUCUAGCAGUUACGAAUGACCGACCGGAACAUUAAAACGCACACCGUGUUAUCAAGUAUCGCCAAACAAACGGCACAGGGCCAAAAUCGCAGUGGGAAAGCAGUUAGAAAAAGGAUUUCUUUUGUUUCGAAGGAACAGCAAAUCCGACAGUUUGUUUUAGCAAUGCUACAGCAAACAUUUCUAGUUCAAAGGAAUAUAAUAACAUCACGUGUAUGAAAAAUAAUUCAUAAAUCACACGUAACACCCAUUCCGCUGAAGAAGUAACGAUACCGAUCGUUGUAGCUAACAGAAGAUUAAUUGGACUGAUCCAAUCGGGGUGAAAGAAAUAAUUGGUACGUGUGUCUAUGUGCGAUUCAUGUGCUCACCACAACAUCGAUCGCAGUUAAUGGUGGCGGUAGUGAACUAGCAGUACGUACCGGCGGUGGUAUCACAGUGAGCUUUUCGUAGGAUGCAGUCGAAUACUUGGUACUACCGACCGACUGGCAGUUACACCGCUGCCAAUGCCGACGAGCUCAGCUAUCAGAAGGACGACAUCCUCGUAGUAUCGAAAGCGCCAACCCGUGACAAUUGGCAUGAUGCGUUGAAUGUGCACACCAACCAGAAAGGAUUAGUGCAGCUGCAAAGACUAGUACGUUGCGAUGGCGCUGUUGUUAUGCGUUCUUUUGUAGAUGGUGGUGGUAAUCUUAAUGUCGACGAUGAAGAAUACUGUACCACCCAGGAGCCAAGCUCUAGUAUGGAGCGUAUCAGCAGUAAUAUCCACAGCACCAGUGAGAGUGGGGACACAAGCACUUACACCGACCUUGAUCGGAACACUGCUUUCGAGUAUAGGAUGGCGAACCUCGAGCUCACCAAAUCCACCAAGAGCAGCAAUAGUCAGAUGAAUAUAGCCCGUUCCUGUAUCCCCUCCUGGGUUACCAUGGAUGACGUCGAAGGAAACGCCGGUGCGGAUUUGGUUAAUAAAAUGGAUGAAUUUAGUAAUAAAAACAUUAACAAAUGUCACACGACCGUACCUGUUUAUUUUGUAACUCCUAUUAUCUGUUUACUUUGUCGCGACUACAUCUACGGCUUCGGAAUUCAAGGACGACAGUGUAAAAAAUGCUGGUCGUGUUUCCACAACCAAUGCUUAUCGCAUGCCGCCAACGAAAUGUGCCAAAGAAAUCUUGACGUUUAUCCGACGAUGCCGACCACCUAUAGCACCGACAAGUCAAUUAACGAAUGGACGUCAGCAAACGUAUUGGAAUGGAUGGCUGCUAACAACUUCUACACCUACGCUGACGUGUUCAAAGCGAAAGAUAUAAAAGGCUGUGAUUUAUCGAAUUUGGACCGUGAUAAAUUAGGACAAAUGGGUAUUAAAAAUGAAUUCCAUCAGCAAACAAUCCUAGCGUCCAUAAAGGAUCUGCUGACGAGUGCAGAGAAGUCAAUCCAGAUCGGCAGCAGCAAUGUGGCUGGCGAGGAUGGCGAAAACAUACUCGAUAAACAUUCGCAUGAUCUGGUGGACCAUUCGUUUUCGAAGCUGGUUAAAUGUGAUAAGUGUCAGCAGUACUUGCGCGGGCUGAUACAUCAGGGAUUGCUAUGUAAGCUUUGUAAUCUCAUUGUCCAUAGACAGUGCUCGGCGACGGGACUUAAACCGUGUGCAACCGAUACCGGCAAAGGUAAACCAAUCGUGGCACCAUGGUGCCAGGAGGUGUUCGGUUUAGGCUUGUGUCAACAGUUCAAUGUAGCCGAACUGCCGGCUCCGCAGACCGUCAUAAUACUCUGCAACGAAAUUGAACAGAAGGCGAUGUGCAACGUAAACCUAGAUCUGUACAAACUGUAUCGAACGACGCCGCCCAACUACGACGAGGUGAACAAACUGCGCGACUCGCUCAACGAGAAUCUUAUCAACACCGAUCUCAGCAGCUAUUCACCGGAGUGCGUGGCAACGGUGCUGAAAAAGUUCCUCCGUGAACUACCCGAUCCAAUCAUACCGGUCAUGUUCUACGACAAAUUUGUCGAAACCUCAAAGAUUACCAGCGACGCCGUUGCAGUCGAGCAGCUGCGGUUGCACAUCCAAGACCUUCCCGUUUAUCACAAACUAACGCUCAAGUAUAUCAUGAUGCAUCUGAUACGAAUCUGUCGAAUGCAGUACCAGCGGGGGCUGAAGGAGCAACCGACGAUACUGAUACAAGUGUGGUGCCAUAUUCUAAUGCGUCCUCCCUGGGAGAAGAUUGUUCAAAUCGUGUAUAACACGGAAAAUCACUUGCGAAUAAUGGAGCUUCUUCUCUACAAAUUGGACUGGAACGAAAAAUUGCCGGAGUUUCUAUCCGCCCCGGCUGUGCCUCCGCGGAAAAUUUCCCGAAGUGCAACGGUGCUGCAGCAGCAACAGCAGCAACAGCAACAACAACAACAACAGUCGGCAAAUCCAUCCUCCGGGAUGAGUAGUUUGAAGAAGUCAACAAUCACAUCACCGGCAACUGUGAUACCAGCGCCUCUGGCCGGAGGAUCAGCAUACUGUAACAACGUCUACGGUAGCAGUACAAGUUCGGGUUCGAGUACCAAUCUCAGUAGCAGCAGCACGGUGGUGAUCGGCGAAGAGCGGCGAUCGGUGUCACUGGUGCGUGCGGUUUGUGAUGCCGACACGCCGGUGGAUCUCCGUGAAGCCGAAUGGUACUGGGGCAAGAUCACACGGGAUGAAGCGAAGGAGAAGAUGACGGAUGCGCAGGACGGUUCGUUUUUGGUGCGGGACGCCACCAGCGGCGGCGGUGAGUAUACGCUUACGCUGAGAAAAGACGGCACAGACCGUGUGAUCAAGAUAUAUCACAAUAAGGGCAUGUACGGGUUCACCAGGGAUGCCACCCAUAACAGUGUGGUCGAUCUCAUCAACUACUAUCGGAAGGUUUCGCUGAAGGGAUACAACACGAUCCUGGACAUCAAGUUGAUGUAUCCGAUCUCUCGUUUCGAGGAUGAUAAUUUCAUAUCGAGUGCCGGGGACGACACACCCCGGUUGGCCCAGAAGUUCAUCGAUAUGGUACAGCAGUUGAAUGAAAAACUGCUCGAGAGGGCACGGCUAACCGAAGAGUACACAACGGCCAAGAAUCAGGUCGAUUUGAAAAAGCAAGCCCAGGAAGCGUUUGCUGAAGCGGAGAAACUGUUCAACGAACAGCUGGCGAUUCAGGCCAAGUUUGAAAAGGAAGCGCAACCUCACGAGAAGCAAGGUCUCAGUACGAAUCAUCAACUGAUCGUAGAUCGGAUGCAGGAGCUGAAUCAAUGUAAGAAUCAACUGCAAACCGAUAUGGAUAAGGAGAAGACUCGAAUUUGGACUCUGGAACGUGAGAUUAACCAGCUCAAUCCGGAAAUCAUCACGUUGAACCGAGCGAAGGAUCGUUACAUGGAAGAGAUGAAAUGGCAGGGCGUCAGUGACAGCCAAAUCAAGCAGAUGCUAACCGAUGGGUACUUCUCAUACAACCAAAGCAGUCACGAGCAGCCACACAAUGACGAAACCACGUGGUUGCGGCCAACGUUCAAUCGGCAGGAUGCGGAACAGUUCCUGACAGGGAAACCAACCGGAACCUUCCUCAUACGUUCCCGGAACGGUGGCCAAUAUGCACUGUCGAUCACCUGCAACGACACGGUCAACCAUUGUAUCGUCCAGCAAACGGAACAGGGGUAUGGUUUUGCGGAACCGUACAACAUCUACGAUUCAUUGAAGUCGUUGGUGCUGCAUUACGCAAACAACUCACUGGAGGAACAUAACGACACACUGCAGACGACGCUGAAGUAUCCGGCGUUCGCCAGCAAGCAACAAUCUAACUAGUAGACCCGCACUCCAUGUACUUCUUCUGAUUCUUCUACGUCUUCUUAGAGGUUAGGUUAAACCUAUAAAGUUUUUUAAACUCCUCUCGAAUGAAUUGUUUUCUUAUAUUUUCUUAAGAAAAAGAUAGGCGCGAACAUCAACUCACAGAAAGUUUUUUUUUCGCUUGUAUAAGCAGAGCGCUAAAGCAGACAUUAUUGCACAAUUUGGAAAGAUGUUUGUACUGCAUCUAGCAUUCGUUUCCAUAUUAUAUAGCUAGGAAGUAAUGAAAUAAAUACAUUGGAGAAUUAUCAAAUACCCCAGCUUGAAGCGGGAAGCUGACGUAGGGCGCUUCUGCACGAUGGAUGUUUGUUGUUUUUUUUUAUUUCGUUUUGUUAUAAAAUAGUGUAAAGUCGGAAGAACCGGAUUCAUUGACUGGCGAAGAAACGAACUGAACAGUCCGCGUGUAGUUACGAUAUAUCCUUUUCGCACACUGGAUAUAGGUUUUCCGUUGUCAUUACUCCGGGCAACUGUUUUGAAUCGGGUGAGGUUAUGUUUUGUUUUUGUUAAAUCAUAUGCAAAUGUUGUGUGAUCAAAGUCUUCAGAAGCUGUAUCAAAAAAAAAACCACUGCAGAGAUUAGUGCAGAAACGUCCCGACAGUUUCCAGUUGUGUACCUUCUCUUCAAUUUUACGACUCCUCCUCCUCCCUUCCAUUAGUAGCGUGUGAAAGCAAGCGAAACUUGAGCAUCUCUAGAUUUGGUGAGAGGCACAAAUCGAAAAAAUAGAAAGCCUAGCUAGCUAUAUAGGCCCAAAAUGGGCUAUCAAAUUCAAAAUUAGAGAGUCCGAGGACUGGUAGUAGAUAAGGAAAGUAACUGAAGACAAAUAAGGUUGACAUUGAGCGAAAUGAUGGGGUAAAGUCAGUGAAACAAAGCCAGCAAGAUCCUAUAUUAUUUUGUUUUUUUUGUGUAUACAUUUAAAUAUUAUCUGUUUGUUUAUAAUGUAGUUUAACGUUGUCGAAAACGAGCAGUGAGAUGUGAGAGAAUUUCUUUUGUAUAAUUAUGCAUAGCUCUACAAAACAAAAUAAUAAAAAAAACAAAAAAUGAUGAUUCGCUGACAGUUGUGACGGUAGUCAUCCCGUUGACCGCCGGUCGAUAAGUCUACUAUAACAACAAAACUACAUACAUAAGCGCAUAUACACAACCCGUAGGAGUUGUAUCAAUUGAUUUAAUCAUUUUAAACUGUGUUAGUAAUCGUAAUGAAAGUAAAAAAGAAGCGAGAAUAAAACUUAUUAAGUAGAAAACUUGUGACAAUGAAACAUCGUAAAAUCAAAAUCGCAACCAAUAUGAAAAGAAAGGAAACAAAUUGAAUAUAUUUCUGGAGAAGCAAAUGUGAAACAAAGUAAAUUAGUAAUCAAAACAAGUAAAGAGUUUUUAAUUUUAAACAUUAUUUGUAACAAAAAUAUAAAGUAUAUAAAACAAAAAGGAAUAAGUAAAACAAACAAAAAAAACUUCAAAUUUGUAACUUCUAAGUUUAGUAGGAAUAAAAUCAAUUGGAAAAUGUUGACAAGACAAAUAUAUUUGUAUGGCAACAUCAGCUAAACAACCUGCAUAACGAACAUUGUGGUAUAAAUUUUGUGGAAAUACGAGUAAUGAGAAAAGAAAAUCAUUCGCUACUAGAAUUAUCGGAGUCACAUCAGGAGAAUCGGUAAUCAGCGAUUCAGGCGUGUGUAGCGCUCACAAAUCAGAAAAAAACAUAAGAAAAACUUGGAAUGAUUGCGAACUCACGGUUCCAGUAAAUUUAGAAUCCCUCAAAUUCUCAGAGAACGACUUGUGAUGUGAUGUACUCAGAUGGCAACUUGCUCGGUCAUUUGAGGUCUGCUCGAUAGAAUCUGGAGGGGCAGUAGCCCUGACUUUGGAACGAUAAACCAGAAAAUAAAUAAACUAUUGUGGUCCAUUGAAGUAGUAAACAAACAAAUUUGAAACAGAAAAUAACAAACACUACAUGUCUUUAAAUAAUCGAAACCAAGUUUUAUUUUGUGAAAAAAAAAACAAGAAACAAAUCAGUUUUUGUAGUGAGUGUAGUAUCUUACUAUUUGUCAAUAGAAGUCAAUACAAAUGUUUGUUGGUCGUAGAUACCAACUGUGACGAAAAAAAAAAAUUGUAAUAAAAGCAAUGUCCGUGUAAUCAGAAUUCCCACCAGAAGGAUGAAACAAACAUUUGAAUGAAAAUAAUCAUCUUUGUCGAAUCAGCAACUCUUGUAUAAACCAGGCAAAAGUCGAAAUCCGCCGGGCAAACCAAAACUCAUUUUUUCCAUUAAGAAUACAAUCAUACUCACAACAUACACAAGCAAAAACAAAGUAAAACAAACAUUCGACUCUGUCCCCAAAACUUUUGUAUGUGGCAAAGCGCGUGAGAACGAGAGAAAGAUAGAGCAAAUGACGCAUGUGAAGCAUGUACAAAUUAAUAUUAAACAACUUAACUCUAAUAACAACACGUAAAUUAUACCAACACACUGUGAGAAACGGAAACGAAUAAACCGUCACAUCCCAGUUUCUUUUCUGUUCUAUGAAGAUCUAGCUUGUAGUUUUGUUAAUGUAUCAUUUUUUUUUUAGCGCCGAACUGUAACAUAAACACUUGCACUGUCAACGGUUCGUAAACAUAGAUCAAUGACGAGUUUGCUUUGCAAUUCUGCCUGAGAAGGAAGGUUGAUUCAAUGGUAUCAUAACCUCAUUACAUGAGACCGAAUUAUUGUCAAUAUUUGGUACUGUUAAAUCUUUGUUAAGACAUUUAAUCCCAAGGUCAUUUCUCAUCACACUUUCUUGAGUAUAGGCGAAAAUAUUGACUCACACAAAGGGCGUCCAAGGGUUCAAUGGCAAUGCUCAUGGUGAAUUUUGGAAUUAAAUCGUUGGAAAAGUUUUUAAAGUUGCAAUUAAAUGGUACAAAUUAGUCAAUCAAAUCUGCAACCGAUCGUAAACUAACAUAGUAUAUCAAAUGCGAUUGUAAAAGAAGUGUUGAUAUUUAAGCCAUGUAAAAUGGUCCUGUACGCCUAGAAUCGGCAGCGAAGUCUGUCGACACAGAAUGGUAAAACUCCCCAAAGCACUCUUAGAGCAAAUUCAGCAGCAGGUAAUUGUAUAAUUUAUUUCAGUUUCAGUUCUAAUAUAGAUCUCCCAUAUAAAACUUACAGCCGCUAGCUUUGUAAAAUUGGCAAUUAGCAAUCUAGCGCAGUAGUAAUUUUCCCUAACGCGCCAUCUAAGCUUCAUUGUUUGAAUCUUUCGCAGGAUGACGAUUGAAUUUUACCGAGGCAUCAAAUUAACAAGAUAUCCUCAGCUCUCACAUUUCCCGAACAAAUCAUUGGCAACGUCCUUUUUUUGCGAUAAUGCCGCCCUCGGGCGAGUCCGCAUUGAAUGGGUUUGAUUUUACACGCACCGAACCGCAAAACAACCUAAUUUUAAGUACAUUCCACUCAGUUUGGGGGUUCCGUUCAAUAUCCUAAUUUUAGGUAAAGUCGCAAUAUUGGUAAUAUACCUUCGCUAUUCCAAUAUUUCAACAAAUGAAAUUAUUGAAAUUUGCACUGAAUAUUACAUGAAAUAUUUCAUGUAAUAAUACCAUGAUUUUGCAUUAGGUAGCACAAUAAAUCAAAAAGUUUGGAAAUAAAAUAUUGAUCGUCUUUUUCUCGACAUGCCUAUUUUCUAUAUGGGACUGAUAUGCAAGUAUGGGCAGUACAGUUGAGUCGUAUUGACUCAAUUUCAGGUUUAUACGGUUUACUUAAUUUUAGUUUAUUGAAUGAAACUCUCGCUGUUGGGUGGUUUUGCUCUUUGUAUUUUGACAACAAUGGAAGGAGCGAAUGAAAAGAAAGAUCCAAAGGAACUCAAAGUUAAGUAAAAAGAAGUCAAACAAUAGGUAGUUUUAAUUUUCCGUGCAGACUGUUAUAGUCCAAUCCACGUGCGAAUGUGUUGGUGUGGCUAUUCUCAGCAGUUGAAAGGUUAAUGCUAGUGUGAGUAUGUCGAAAUAACCCAGUGAAUUUUGUCGAGCCGCAUCGUGCCAAUUGUUUAAGACAUAUAUGCAAUAAAAAACUUUGAAAUGCCAAGAGAACAGUUGAGAAAGACAUAAAAUCGUUCAUGAAACUCUAUAUCACGUAAUGGACCUGUCUUCUACUUGGUUCAUUAGUUCAUAGCUUACGAACUUCUAUAUGCAUUAUUCGCAGUGUAUGAUAAUGAGUCAAAAAUGUUUUACCUCAGUGUAAAAUUGAACCCACAACAAACUUUGACUUCGGCUCGCACACAUUCUAAUUUCGUAUAUGAAUAGAUCUGCGCACUCUGCAUCGGUGUGAGUAAUAAAGACGUCAAAUUGCUCAAUUGGCAUAUUGUCGCAAAACUCAAUUAUCAGUAGCGACACCUGCAAAUGAAGAACGGAAUCAAGAAAAGAAGGACUCAAAUUUUCAUGUUGGCAGUUGUGAUUUACUGCUACAUUCUCUAGUGGGAACUAUGGUUAUACAUGAAAAAUUAUCAGAAACGUAUAAAAUUGGGUUAGGUUAGUUUUUUACGGAUGAUUUUUUUUUAACAGAAACAAGUGUAAUGUUUACAUCUUAAGUACAGGAACGUUCAGUGAUACUUUACUUGAUAUUCCCGGACGUUUGAAAAAUGGCAUUGAAUCAAGUACAAAGCUCCAUUCUAAUGUCGUUUUCGCGUGAGAAAACUGAAACUGACUCAGGGUAAUUUCAUCAAACAAACACUUUUCACUAAACUGUAUUGGGUUCGCACUUAGCAACGGGGGUUUGAAUAAACCUGAUAUAAAAACCAGGUUUGCAACUGACUCGAUUUUCAGUUCAACAACGUUGAAACCAGAUUCGAAAUCAGCUUCCAAAGACGGGUUGACAGCAGUUAGGGUGGAAGCUAGGUUAGGUUUGGCAUCAAGCGAAAAUGACAUAAAAAAACUUUAGCUCUCGCCCAGUGAAUUAAGAUAGACAUUAACACCUCUUUUUUUAUUGGGCUAUGGAAAUCUCAUCGAAAAUAUGCGAAUGUAACCAACAAAAGCUUUUCGGAUCGAUCUGAAUUUUUUUUUAGACAAGGAUGUUUUUGUGUGAAUUCAACAUUUAUCAGUCUUUUAUGCGACAGUUGUUACGCUUCGUGUCCGCGAAAAAUGAGAUCGAAAGCUGCAAAUGACGGUUGGAUAUACAAUCUCCAGAGACAACUCACAGCAUUACUGCUCUAACCCUUACAUUCGAUUGGCCAGAGAUAUAGUCGGUGUUGUAGUGGAUAGGAAGUUGGUCUUACGUAUAUAAGUAGUUUUUUGUUCGAGUCGCGACCUAAGAAGAUUCGCCAUAUUGACAGAAGCCUUCGAUUGUUAAUGAUGCAUUGUGAUGACUUAUAUUCAAUCGAGUUUAUUUUUUCACCCAAUCAAUGCUGCAUAGCAAACCCUUAAAUAGUUGGAACAAUCUACAGUGUGUAAACAAGCUUUUCAUUGAUCUAUGUAAUUGAAUCUGCAUUGUGAGUUUUGAAACUGACAAACGACGGAUGCAGUAUAUGCUCGCAUGACGCAUUUUCCCCAGCUGUACUAAUUGUGAACGAGCAUAGUGAUUGAUCUUUCAUCAUUAUUUGCCUAGUGAUCACCAUAAGUGACAGAAAUCGAAUAAGAACAACUUUCCAUUCUGUUGUUACCUAGAUACCAUCGGUAUAGUGAUGUUGUAAACAAAUUGAUACAAAACCACAUAUGAAGUGUGCAUUCUUUUAUACAUAGUUUUUACUCUCCUCUGUCGACUAGGUCAUAUGAUUUACUGACAUUUUUAUACGAAUAAUACAUUUAAUACACACUUUCUUGUUUUCCCGAUGAAAAAUAAUAAUAAAAAAAACAAAACGGCUCAAAAAGCAAAUUGAUCGCCAGAGUGCGUUCAUGUUUUUUCGAGCAUGACCCUAGGUUUCUCUCCCGUUAAACAAACCAACAAGCAAAAUUAUGCAUACAUGCAGAUAUAUGAUAAAAUAAUUAGUAAUUAUAAAAUAUAACAAACACAAAAAGCUAGAGCUGUGGUCGUCGUUUUUACUAGCAUUUUUCAAAUUGACAAACAACAAAUAAUAAGAAACGAAAACAAGAGAAUGUGAUGAAAUUCGUACGGUGAUAUUGAGUAAAAGAGUAUGAAAGAAGAAGGAGAAGAGUGAAGAGAAAUGAGCGAUACAGGAUGCCGGGCCACUCGAAAUAACACAUUUACAUUGUGUUUGAACAACCGACCGUAAUAGCCUGAACUGACGGUCGGACGGACGGACGAGCAUAGAUGCGAUAAGAGAAAUGUUAGGAUCUAUUACAAUUACUACAAAAAAACAAAAGCAGUGUUAGUAUAGCUAGGUGUUAGGAAAACAAAAUAAAGUCAUCUCUUCUGCUUGAAGCUCGUAUUUUUCUUCCAUCUGGUCCCGUUUGAGUUAUAACCAACAAUACAGCAUACAGAAAUACAUUUAUACACUCAUCCACACAUAUGCAAAAGAAGAAAAAAAAACAAAUAGAUAAAACAAAAAAGGAAUACACACAAAACACAUACAAAUAAACAAGCGAAAUAACUAUAUUACCUCUGUUAUUAAAAAAAAGACAAGCGAUUGAUGGAAACCCAUUUGUAUACACAUAUUCAAUCAAUAGGAAAAAAACGCUACAACGUUUUACUCUCACAUAUACAUGCUACCGAAUAUGAAAAUAGAACAAAAACAAAACGAACUAAUUCGAGACACGCGAUUCUAGGAACGAAACAUUUGCCAUACAAAUCAAACCCAAUUCAACUUAACGGUUAUAUAUCACUAUUAGACAGGGUUUUCUUCGUUUUUCUUUUGUAGCAGCGAUCCAAGAAAAUACUAUCACGAAAAAAUAGCAGAAAACAAAGGACAGUAAGAACAAAGCAUGAAAAAUUAUACCCGCAACAACACAAUCAAAAGGCACUGGAGUUGAAAGGAAAAAAAAUUAUUGAGUACCGAGCAAAUGUCUUUCCUGACUGCAAGGUUUUACAUUACGCUUGAAAUCCGAACGGGCAGAGAGAACGAGUAAAACGUGCGAAGAAACAAAACAAAAAAAAAUACAAAGUAAAAUUAUAUGUGAUUGAAUGUAAAUACAUUUGUAUAAUAAAAUAAUAAGAAAAAAAAGAUAA